AUGCUUGGUGUGAUGUUGUGGUUGUGUAGCGGAGGCUUCCUUCAAGGCUCCAAAGCUGCGGCCUGGGAUUUCGCUUUGCGCGGCUCCACUCCAGGAUGCGUGCUGUUUGCCGAGACGCGUCUGGCGGAUGCGGAUAAAAAAGAGAGACUCUGUGAAUGGUAUUAUAUGGAUGCGAUAAUUUGGGUUGUACCUGUGUGA